GUUGCCUUGGCUUAGAUGUGAUUCGGAAGGGUUGACACACAAGCUAUAUGGGAGAUUGAGCCCUCAUGCAUGAGGGAAGUUUAAAGGGGAAGCAAAGUCCUGAUGAUUGAGAGAUAGAGUUCUGAAGCACAGGAAUUCGAGAUUAAGUAGGAAUCUGAGAAUGGUCGGUGUCAUAUCUUGUGAGAGGAUUGCUAAUCUGUGUAUUGUGUUUUUUAUUCAAAGUAGCAAUGAAGUACAAGGUGGGUCGGUGCCCUAUAAUUCGAUACGUGCAUGUGCGGGUUCUUUUUUUUCUAAUGACGUGUGGGUUUUGGAAGCUGGCCUACAGGGGUGUGUAGGUGCGGACGGACAAGAAAAAUUAUAAGGGAGUUUUUGCGCCUGCGACAGUAAUCGCACGUCUUCCGGCCAGUAGUGGAUUUUAGGCGGUGAAUAAGGUAUAAACCGUUCAACCACCGGUCACGCCUAUUCUAUAAAACGGCGCCGUUUUAGUUUGCUAUCGUUUUCAGGCUUGUCUUUCAAAAUUGAUGGAGAAGAUCCACUGACAAAUAGAGCGGUUUCGUGUUCGCUGAAUGAUGUCAAAUCCUCUUCGAUUUUCGCUUAAUUCUUCGAAAAUCUCCUCUUUCUCGUUCUCACCCUUCUCGCCAUCCUCUUUGAUCUUCCCAAAAUCUGGAGUUUCCCCGCCCAAUCAAACCCCAUCUUCUCGAAUUUCUUCUCUCAAUGUUCUUGGCCCCCUUCAAUUCACUCGGCCGAAGCGUUUGGCCUCUUUCAAGGUACAUGCAUCUCUUGCUGAGACUAACCAGCCAAAAUGGUGGGAAAAGAAUGCUGGCCCAAAUAUGAUUGACAUUCAUUCCAUGCAAGAAUUUUUAAGCGCAUUAAGUCAAGCAGGAGAUAAGUUAGUUAUUGUAGAGUUUUAUGGCACGUGGUGUGCCUCUUGCCGGGCGUUAUUUCCCAAGCUCUGCAAGACCGCACAAGAUUAUCCUAACAUUAUAUUUUUAAAGGUGAAUUUUGAUGAGAACAAGUCAAUGUGCAAAAGCUUGAAUGUAAAGAUGCUUCCAUGUUUCCACUUUUAUCGAGGAUCAGAUGGACUGCUGGAAUCUUUUUCAUGCUCGCUUGCAAAGUUUCAGAAAAUAAAGGAUGCAAUUGCAAAGCAUGACAUUGGACACUCCAGCAAUGGUCAGCCUAAAGGUGUUGGAGACUUUCAUCCUUCUUGAGACAUCCCUUGCUUUCCAGAACAAGCCAGCAGAGUCUACUUAAUGAUAAUCCCUUCUUUGUUCAUCCAUCUUCCUGUCUUCCUGUAUAUACAUGCUGAUAUUCGUGUUCUGCAACUAGGCAUGAUGUGCAGUUUUAGGUUCAAACUAAAAUUGUGAAAAUGCUGUCUUCUAUGUAAAAAGGGUUUGGCUGAAAUGCUUGUCCAUUUAUUUCUCUAUUGUAAUUUACUCUACUGAACUUCCAGUGUAAAAGGAAGAGAAUUUGAAUGAUAGCUUCUUUCUUGAGCAAAUUGGUCUUGAAUGGAUGAAAGUUAAUUGUUUCA